GCGCUAAAAUAUAAUUGCGUCAUCUCAGAAAGUUUUGCUCCAAUAGCUGCGUCAUCUCAGAAAGUUGUUUAUAAAAUUUAUAAAAUUCUAAAAAAACUCGGAAAAAAUUUUUCAUAACUUAUUCCUUGACUUAUUCUUAUCAUUAGAAAGAAUUAAAAUGAUUUUGUGUCGUCUUUGUGGUGAGCAAAAAUCAUUUUAUGAUUUCAAAAUGGAACUUGAAGACAAAACAAAUUCCAAUUGGACAUUUAAAGAACUCAUAGAAUAUCAUACACGAGUUUCAUUAGAACCGAGUAAACUUUUACCACAAGGAGUGUGUAAAGAAUGUCAACGAAAAAUUGAAGUAUUUGCAAAGUUUUCAACAGAAAUCCAGGAAACACAAAUGAAGUUCUUUGAUGAUACUUCCAAUGAUACUUCACAAACCGAGUUCAUGGAUUGUUUCGUAAAACUAGAACGUUGCGAAAAAGAUAAUGAAGUCAAGUUUGUCGAAGAUGUUGACAUAGAAUUCAUAAACAAAGCUGGGACUUCAAACAUGAAUUUCGAAGAUUCUUCUGAGAGUGAUGAUGAAGAAAAACCUGUAUACAAUGUUGAUUUAGAUUUUAGAAACAAAAGUGAAAUUCCGAAAGAAAAAUUUUCCGAUGACUAUCUUGACGAAAUUAUGAUGACUGAUCGCUCUUCUCCCGAACUAAGUGACGAUUCACAAAAUCAAAGAAUGAGAAAGAAAAUACAGCAUAUAAAGAGAUACAAAGUUAAAAGAAGCGUUUUUGGUCCCGAAAUAAAAUCAUAUGAAGAACUUUUUAAAGAUGAAAUAGAAGGCAAUUCAAGAUAUAAAAUGAAAUUACAUUUGAACAUUGAUGAAAUCUUCAAACUUCCAAAUGGAGAAAUUCAGAACGAAGUGACAGAAAAAUACUUUCCUCUUAGAUGGCAAGAUCUCCUUAUGUGUGCGGCAUGUAAAAAGCAGUUCAAUCAUUUCGAUAAAUUAGAAGCUCAUGGAAAUAAUGUCCAUGGAAAAGGAAAAUGGAAAAUAAUGUGUACGAUACAUCAAAAUGUUGUAAAGAAAGAUAUUGUCUCAUUCAUUAAUUAUAUGUUGGAUACUCUGUAUUAUGAGGAUCUAAGAUUCUGUUGUUUCGUUUGUUCAAAAAUGUUCUAUGAUUGCCUUUCACUUGUCAAACAUUACAGAACACACGGUGGAAAGUAUUCAGAUUUAAUGCUUUGCUAUAUAUGUGGUUAUGUGCAUGCACUUGAAGAGAUGAAAAUACAUAAAGCCACACAUGUUUUAAAGGAAUGGACAGAAAAUGCUCAACUCUGUGAAAAAAUGUAUCAUCGACUCCUGGAAGAACCAAGUAAUAACAUUAUAAAUCCCCUAGUAGCUGAAGAUGAACGAUUACCAGGAGGAACUGUCACAGAUGAAUGUCAAACAAGACUUGCUGUAGAUUGGAGUUAUGCAAAAUAUGAUUGUCGGGCAUGCGUCAUUACAUUUGAAACUCCGGUUCAAUUGUUUAUCCAUUCUAGAUCAAUCCAUUUAAAUCGAAAAAAUUUAAAGGAAAUUUAUAUUUGCAAAAUAUGUGAAAAAAGGAAAGCAUAUAUGCUUAAAAAUUCCUUCAAUUCCAUCUAUACUUUCUUGAAUCAUUCUAUUGACGAAAAUCACCACGGAAGCUUGAAGUUCUCCUGCCUUCAUUGCUCGAAAAUUUUCUGGAAUUCUUUUGCUCUCACUAAUCAUUACCGGAACGUUCAUCCAACAUUCCCAUCCAUUUUCUGUAAUCAUUGUUGUAAAGUAUUCAAAGAAAUCACAAACAGUGCGAGACAUUACAAUGGAGAGGUUCUUAAUGAAAAUGAAAAAACAAAAAAGAAGCAGACAGAGCAAACUUAUGUUUGUCAUGUAUGUGCUAAAGUUUUAUGCAGCAAAUUUUCAUUCAGCAUUCACAUGCAAAAGCAUGAACCAGCAAAUCCAGAUGAAAUUGUGGAAUGUGAUUCAUGUGCAAUGGAAUUCCGAACCAACGCACAAUUAAAAAAACACAGACUAGUUCACAUGAAGGGUCUUUUGGCUUUUGAGUGUGAUAAAUGCGGUAAAAAAUUUGAUAGAAAAUUUGGUCUUCAGCAACAUAUCCAGAAAGUUCAUGAAAAUCUUAGACCAUUUCAUUGCUCAUAUUGCGAUAAAAGCUUCAACGUUAAAGCUGCUUUACAGCUUCAUACUAAUUCAAGACACCUCGGAUAUUGUCGCUACAAAUGCACACUGCCAACAUGUGGAGAAGCUUUUACAAAUUGGGACAAGUUUUACAAGCAUAGUAAAGAUGAACACGGCAUUGACGUACGUUCAGACAAUUAUAAGAGAAGAAACUGUUUAAAAAUCAAAGAAAAAGAUAAUUCUUAAAAAUAAUUUUUCAUUAAUUAAAUUUAAUUUGCAAUAAGCUGGGCAGUGGUGUUGGUAAUUAAGUAAGGAGUGAAGAAUCAAGAUCAACAGAAAUGCACCGAAUUAUCAUAAUUUAUUUUCGCAAUUGAUUUAAGAUUAUAAGAUGAAAAUGGAAAAAAUAUAUUAAAUUCUCUCUAAUAAAUUAAUAUUUUAGUUGCAAUUUCAAAAAAUAAAAGAAAUUUUUAUUUUUUUAACAGA